AUGAAACCAUCUAAACUGCAAGAUCAUCUGGGAAGAUGCCACCCUGAUGAAACAGAGAAAGAUUUGAAAUACUUUCAAACACUCACAGAUAAAUUUCAGAAGAGACCUGCACUGAACAGAAUGUUCGCUUCGACGUCACAAAGAAAUCAUGAUGGUUUGCGGGCGUCUUACAAUAUCUCGUUACUUAUAGCAAAAUCCGGAAAACCGCAUACUAUCGGAGAGACGUUAAUUUUGCCAGCCGUUGAAGAGGUUUUAAAAACUGUUUUACACAAACCUGCAUCUGAUAUCAUUAAAAGAAUUCCCUUAAGCAACAAUACUGUUGAAAGACGUAUUGAUGAAAUGAGUUCUGAUAUUGAAAGCUUCUUAUGUCAUUAUUUGCAAACGACCCGUUUCUCUAUACAACUGGACGAGUCAACUUUACCUGAUAAUGCAGCAUUAUUAUUGGCAUAUGUUCGUCUUAUCAAGAAAUCUACGAAGAACUGCUCUUCGCAAGAACUUUGA